GCUGGUCAGAUGCUUUCUCGGGACUUCUGCACUGGGCACGAUAGCUUUUAUUCUAUGUACUUGUAUGGCGGCGUGAAAUUGGGACUUAAGAACAUCAGGAUAUGGAAGGCUCUGGGGGAGGAUAUCCAGAGGCACAAGUUUCCGAGUAUGGUAGGUGGGGAUUUCAACAUGAACCCUGCCUUACUCUCGGAGCACGUCCCACUCCACGACUUGGACUUGGUCAUUCGAGCCCCCGAGGCCCACACAUACCGCUCCAAGGAUACCAGGACUAAGAUCGACUUCUUCCUGGUUUCGGCCCUUCUCGACAGAGUGGCGCCGACCAUCUCGGUCGACCUCAACGCGGCCUCGCACCCCCACUCGGCAGUCAACCUUACGUUGCAGAGAGCAAUCAGCGGCGCAUCCAACACGGUACCUGCGCCGUACCAG